CCUUCGACGAAGACUACAUCCAAACCCUCGGCGUAAACUUCAUGGAAAAAACAAUCUCAAUCCGCGCAACCGAAAUCACUUUCUCGAUCUGGGACCUCGGUGGGCAACGCGAGUUCGUCAACAUGCUCCCACUCGUCUGCAAUGACGCGGUCGCUCUUCUCUUCCUCUUCGACCUGACCCGGAAGAGUACGCUGAAUAGUGUGAAAGAGUGGUAUCGACAGAGUCGCGGGUUUAAUAAAGCCGCGAUUCCGUUUUUGGUGGGGACCAAGUAUGACACCUUUGCGGGCUUUGGGAGGGAGGAGCAGGAGGAGGUUACGAAACAGGCGAGGAGGUUUGCGAGGGCGAUGAAGGCGAGUUUGAUUUUUUGUUCGACGGCGAGUUCGAUCAAUGUGCAGAAGGUGAGUGAGGCCGAGCCGUUGACGACCGAGCCGUUGACGACCGAGCCGUUGACGACCGAGCCGGUGGGAGACUGAGAGAUCGGAUGAGUGGUGUGCUGACAAGACGAUAGAUUUUCAAAAUCGUCCUAUCGAAAGCCUUCGACCUGAAAUGCACUAUCCCAGAACUAACCGAAA